CUGAAUCGUGCCUCAACUGAAAAGCUGUUCUGCAGCUGAUAGGAUCAGAGGGCACUGCUGCGGAGCCCAUGCAGCUCCAGUCCAUGGAAAAACCUGGCUCAUCUCUAGCCUAUAGACCUGCUAUCAGCAAGUAGGGAAUCAAACACGCAUAGUGAUUCUUCUUUGCCUUGGUGUAGAAGCUCUGAUUGAGAUGUAUGGACAGAACCCUAACUGGUUGUGGUCGAGCGGGGCGAGCGGGGUGCCUCUACGCCACCUGGGCAGACUUGGCUCAGCAACCCUGAGGCAAUGGGAGGAUGAGGAGGAGGAGGAAGAAGGAAAAGAGGAAGAACAUGCUAUUUGGACGAGGGAGCAUCCAGCAAUCUGUUGCUAUACUACAGAUGGCCAUGGCCUCACCCAAGAGUGUGUUCAGAACCACUGGGGCUGGGCUGGUACAGAGAGUCCCUUUGGCCCUGUCCACACAGACCUAGUUAGCAUCCAAAGCCAGAGUGACACAAGGCAGGAGGCCCCGGAAAUGUGGAUGGAUGUCCCCCCACACCUGCCCUCCUUGGGUGCUGCUGAUGGAGAAGAAUCAUUCCAGCAUUGUUUAGGCAGUCAUCGGGGGAGCCACAGGACAGAGGGCCAUGGUUGUGUUUGUAUGCAUGGACCAAGAAGAUGUUGCCACAGUUGGGCUGGUUCCCCUCUCUUCAAUUUCGGAGUGAGGAAGACAAUGAUGGUAGGAGUCGAGGUGGAAAUAGUGGAGGAAGUAGCCUAUGAGAACACAGAGACACUUGAAGUAAUAUCAGAAGGAGUGUAUCCAAAUUAUUUGAUGGAACCCAUAUUGCUGCACGAUGACCAGCUUUCCCCCACCUAAACCUGCAUUCCUUCAAAAGUUGUUUGCAAUUGAACUUUAACUGUGUUUUUAAAUGUCAGCCUUGUAUUUUGAAUGUCUUUUAAAUGUAUUUAAAUGUAGUUUAAAUAUAAACAUGUAUUUUACAAUAGUUUUUUUUUUUUACCCAAUAAAAUAAGAAAAACUUUG